AUGGCAACAAAUGCAAACAAUCUCCAGAAUGUUAUCCGGAGGAAACUCGUCAUCAUCGGAGACGGUGCUUGCGGGAAGACAAGCUUGCUGAGCGUCUUCACUCUGGGCUACUUCCCAACCAUACCUACCGUCUUCGAAAACUAUGUCACGGACUGCAGAGUAGAUGGCAAGUCCGUCCAGCUAGCACUAUGGGACACAGCAGGCCAAGAAGACUACGAGCGAUUACGGCCACUUGCAUAUUCGAAAGCCCAUGUCAUCUUGAUAGGGUUUUCGGUCGACACUCCCGACUCUUUAGAUAACGUGAAACACAAGUGGAUCGAAGAAGCCGCGGAGAGAUGCCCAGGAGUGCCCAUCAUCCUGGUCGGGCUGAAGAAAGACCUGCGGGGGGACCCAGUCGCGAUCGAGGAGAUGCGAAAGAAAUCGUUACGAUUCGUCACCGAAAGCGACGGCGAGGCCGCGGCGCGCGAGAUCGGCGCCAAGAAGUACCUCGAAUGCUCGAGUCUGAGCGGCGAGGGCGUGGACGACGUUUUCGAAGCGGCGACCAGAGCUGCGCUGCUGACCUUCGAAAAGGGCGAGGGCGGCGGCUGCUGCGUGAUUCUAUAA